AUCCAAGUAGGAGUACAUUCACACAUAAGAACCCAACAAUUCCAGGACAAGUGGAGCAGUUUGUUAUAACAUCUUUAACCCAACACUAAUCCACGCAUAAGGGAAAAUUGGAUAUUUGCUAGGAAAAUUAGAUAAUUGCGAUUUCUCUUAAGUCCACUGUAAUGCCACUUGAUCCAUCUAUCCGUCUGUUGUCCAUCAAUUAGCCCGAUUAGCAGCACAUUCAACCCACAAUUAGCAUUACGCUAUUCUUGAGAAUCUCUGGUGGAAUCUCCAUAAUUCGAAGGCAGCCAACAUAAAUUGUGUUUAAUGAGGGGCAACCUACGUACCCCACAUUGUAGUUGAACUGGUUCUGUCCCUAGAAAUCAGAAUCUAUGAAUCUAAAUUUUGUGUUAUCUUAGAAAUAAGAGAUAUACUGGUUAUGGUAUCAAAUACGACUACAUCGAAACAUGAAACCCAUUGACGGACCCUUUAUAGAUGAACUGAACCGCUUGAUCUUUCAUCGACCCAACUUUAUGAAAAGUCGGAUUAAAAAGCGCUAUGAGGAGGAUCCAGAUAAUGCCUGGAACUGCUGCUCCUGGUGCGAGUACUUGCUGAUCGUCAUCCUGUCCACGAUCCUGCUGGUGGGCGUCCUGGUGCUGACCCUCUUUUGGGUGAUGUUCUACCGGGAUGGCUUCGCCUGGUCGGAGAGUCCCAAGCAGCAGUUCAAUCUGCAUCCCAUCCUGAUGAUCGCUGGCUUCAUCACGCUAUCCGGAUUUUCUAUCUUGAUCUACCGGCUGUGCCGCUGCGUGAAGCACAUCUAUGUGAAGCUGAUCCACAUGUUCUUCCACGCCGUGGCCAUACCGUGCAUCGCCCUGGGUUUCAUGUCCGUCUUCGCUUCCCACGAGGCGUUGCAAAAGGUCAACUUCUACAGCCUCCACUCGUGGCUGGGCUUCGUGACAAUGGGCAUGUUUGUGCUCCAGUUUGUGAUCGGCUUCUUCAGCUUUCUGGUGAUGCUGUGCUGUGAGAACAAGACCUACAGCUGCCGGUCGGCCAUGGUGCCCAUCCACGCCAGCUUGGGACUGGCCAACUUCUGGCUGGCCAUUGCCUCAUCCGUCACGGGACUGAUCGAGAAGGAGCGCGAAACCGUCAACGAGACGGGCGUGAGCAGUGAGAACAAGCUGGUGGAGCACUACAUCACCAGUGCCAUCGGCGUCACCCUCAUCUUCAUCGGCAUCAUCGUGACCUUCGCGGUGCGGCGUUCCAAUGCGCCCGCCUCGGCGAAGGUCUAUGUCACAGAGCGCAUUUAGACGGGCCGUCCGGCUCGUCGGAGUCUCCGUCGCCGGAUUUGAUCCACGGCCAGGAGGGGAAGCGAGUCGCAGCAGAUGUACCCGAGGAUACCGGAACUCGGCGACUUUGACUGGACUUGGGGAAACGGACCGGCGGUGUCCUUUCGCCAGGCUUAGCGCACAGAGACCACGCUUCUGCAACUCUAUCCGAACCCUUUGUAACCUUUUAUAUGCCAAAUUAAAUCCACUUCAUACACUUAGACUACUCCAUAUGGCUCUAAUCAAAAUCUUUGCCCACUUUCAAUCUCUCAGUAGGUGUGUAGGAUUAGGAAUCUCAGCAGAAGAGCCGACCAAGCAAGCAAAUCUAAUCAAAAUUGACGUGUUCAGCCGAACCAACUGAUGCAUACAGGCCCAGGCACUCGCAAGCUAGAUUAGCCAGUUUUUUGGUACUAUAGUAGAAUUUUGAUAUAUAAGCCCAUGUAACUAGUGUAUGAUCGUACCACGUAACGCAUUGAAUGUACGCACUCGAAAUCAAAACUGUCGCAUUUGAUGUUUUUUGUAAUCGUGCAAGUAUUUGUAUUUUCAUAAUGCGCUAAGCAACCUAAGCUGUAAACCAAUUUUACAAACAAAUAAAUACUUUUGCCCUGUCUGAGGGUCUCAUAAUAA